AAUCAAAAUGUCGACAGUCCAUAGCGAAACGUGCUGUUGCGUCCUGUAGGACGUGGAAAUUCACGGAUAAAGGGAAAAGAGUGUUCAAUAUAUAUACUUGUUUACGUCUCCAAGCUGAUAAAAAUAAAAAGAGAUUUGCCAUUGCGCGAGUACACUUAUUUAGCAAAUAUGGUGCUGUCGUGUCGGUUUUAUAAAGAAAAAUACCCGGAGGUGGAAGAUGUGGUGAUGGUAAAUGUGCGCAGUAUAGCUGAGAUGGGUGCCUACGUGCACCUGUUGGAGUACAAUAACAUUGAGGGAAUGAUCCUGCUCUCUGAACUGUCCAGGAGACGUAUUAGGUCCAUUAACAAACUUAUUCGAGUAGGCAAAACUGAACCGGUUGUAGUUAUUCGAGUGGAUAAAGAGAAAGGUUAUAUCGAUCUGAGCAAGCGUCGUGUGUCCGCCGAGGAUGUGGAAAAGUGUACAGAGAGGUACGCCAAGGCUAAAGCUGUUAAUUCAAUUUUAAGACAUGUAGCAGAAUUGUUACAUUACGAUAAUGAUGAUCAAUUAGAAGAACUAUAUCAGAAGACAGCCUGGCAUUUUGAGGAAAAAUACAAGAAACAGAAAGCAUCUGCUUACGAUUUCUUCAAGCAAUCAGUAUUGGAUCCUUCCAUUUUAGCAGAAUGUGGUCUUGACGAGCACACGAAAGAAGUAUUGUUAAAUAAUAUCAAACGGAAACUCACCUCGCAAGCAGUCAAAAUUAGAGCGGAUGUGGAAGUAGCAUGUUACGGUUACGAAGGUAUCGAUGCUGUAAAGACUGCAUUGAAGGCUGGCUUAGCUCUUUCCACUGAUGAACUUCCCAUAAAAAUCAAUUUAAUCGCUCCUCCCUUAUAUGUUAUGACGACAUCGACACCGGAAAAACAGGAUGGAUUAAAGGCGUUAAGCGACGCAAUCGAAGUUAUCCAGAGUAAAAUAACGUCGCUCGGAGGUGUAUUCAAUGUCCAAAUGGCACCAAAGGUUGUCACCGCAACGGACGAGGCGGAAUUGGCGCGACAAAUGGAACGAGCGGAACUUGAAAAUGCGGAAGUGGCUGGCGAUGACGAUGAAGAGGAGGUGGAGGGAAUGGAAGGUGAUUUCAGCGGCGGCGAAGGAGCUGAGCAAAACAGCAAAGUAGAAUAUAAUAAUAAAGGCCUGGGGCAUAAUGACAAGGAGGGAGACUCUGAGGAUGAAAUUUGAAGAUAUAUACAUAUAUAUUCGAAUAAUAAAGUACAUAUUUGAUAAUAUGGACAAAUAUUUGCAUGUGUUCUUUUUUUUUAUUAUACAGCUAAACUUUAAUAAACUAUUCUAUUCUAUACUUUACGCCUCGUUGAACAUAUUAGUGCGGUUCCUCUAAUAAAAGCUGUAAAAAUUAAUCUACUGUAAUUUAUACGAAAAAAUGAAGUUUUUUACUGAAUUGAUAUACAAUAAAUGAUCUGAAGACAGCUGAUAAA